AUGCCCGCUUUAUUGCGCAAAUUAGCCAUCGUCGCUACAGUCGACGGCCUGAUUCUACAUGCUCAGGCCAGCGGAUCACGGCAUAGCGCCGGUAACAACAACGAGGCUUCAUCCAUCCGCAUCGACUAUAAGACGAACAAAAUCACUGCGUUGCCCGCUGGCGCCUCGGAGCCCCUCGACGGAAAGGACGCCCUGGAGACAUACGGUCUCGUAGGUCUCUUAUCUGUCGCUUCAUGCUCAUUUCUCGUUUCCAUCACACAGCGCCAACAAGUAGCGCAGAUUCGAGGCCGCCCCAUCUACGCCGUCACCAACGUCGCGAUCAUUCCCGUCUCAUCCCAAGCAGAUGCUUCCCGCGCAAUCACACAAGCCAGGAAAGAAUCCUCACAGGCGGAAGUCAGCAUCGAAUCGUCCUCCGACGAAGAUGACCUUCCCGAUAACGAAACCGACAGAGCCGAGGCGGAGGCGGAGAUCGGCAGCGUGCCUGCAUCACCUACUCGCAAUAUAUCUCAUGUCCGUGGGACCAGCAUCGGCAGUAUCGCAGAAGACGUGAUCGCGAAGAAAGUCCCCUUUGGUGGAUUCGCAGCCAAUUGGCUAUCGCGCAAAAACCUGGGCUUGCCCAGGCCCGGAGCUUUAGAGCAGGAUGUGUCAGAGUCUCCCUUUGACGAAGCUUCUAGCCUUUCGGGCGAUGCCAGCGAAACAAAGCUUGAAGCCCUAGAUGAGGCUCUCCCUGAAGAGGCGGCGGCUCAGAGCGAGUUUGAUAGGCCUAAAUCUGGCCAGGCUGCGCAAUUGCUACCGAAACUGCUUCGCUACACGAAACUCUUACAUUUGAUGGACAAAUUCAUUGACCAUGGGGCCCAUGGCCUUGUUCUGCCCUUAAUCCAAGGCUUUGUCGGCCAACGAGAAUUCACAAUCGCUGGUGCUGAAAGGAAACAAUGUUCGAAGGACUCAGUGGAACUCGCAGAAGGCCGAAUUCUCGGCGAAAAACACGAGGCCGAAGCUGUUGGGGCUAAUGCCAGCAAACGUGAUUAUCUUUUGACUCUGAUUUCUCGACGCUCUGUUAAGCGACCAGGUCUUCGUUACCUGCGUCGUGGUGUCGAUGAUGAGGGCAACGCAGCCAACACAGUGGAAACCGAGCAGAUUCUCUCGGCUCCGGAGUGGACUCCGUCUCACCCUGCCUAUACAUAUUUGCAGGUCCGGGGUUCCAUUCCUCUUUAUUUCUCUCAGACGCCAUAUGCCUUGAAGCCAGUUCCAGUACUACAGCACUCUGCGGAGACGAAUCUCCUUGCCUUCAGUAGACACUUCCGAGAGUUCAGUCGACGGUAUGGAAAUGUUCAGGCUGUCUCUCUUAUUGACAAGCUAGCCGGUGAAUUGAAGCUAGGAGAGCAAUAUGAGCGAUAUACCGAAUCGUUCAAUGCCGCCGGUGGGAUCGAUGGCAAGCCAUUGCAACUUGAAUGGUUUGACUUCCAUCGCGAGUGCCGGGGCAUGAAAUUUGAAAACGUAUCUCGCCUGGUCGAGCGACUGAAAGAUACGUUGAAUGAGUUCUGUUACACCAUCAUCGCAGACAAUGAUAUCCUACAGACCCAAAAGGGCAUCAUCAGAACCAAUUGUAUGGAUUGUCUCGACCGCACUGGUGUUGCCCAGUGUGCAUUCGGCCAAUGGGCCCUCGAGCGUCAACUGGAACAUGAAGGCAUUGACAUUGAUAUUGGUGGUGACUCUUCUACCCAAUGGUUCAAUACGCUCUGGGCAGAUAACGGCGAUGCCAUCUCCAAGCAGUAUUCAUCAACCGCAGCUCUAAAGGGAGAUUACACCCGUACACGCAAGCGAGACUAUAGAGGCGCUCUCAACGACCUUGGGUUGACACUCUCCCGUUACUACAACAACAUUGUAAACGACUUCUUUUCUCAAGCAUGUAUCGACUACCUCCUAGGCAACGUCUCAACCCACGUAUUCGACGAGUUCGCCAUCCAGCUCCAGACCACCGAUCCAGGAAUCUCAGUACAGAAGCUCCGCCAGAACGCCAUUGACACAAGCUGCAAUAUCGUUAUUAGUAGCCCCUCUGAAGAAUUCCUAGGCGGCUGGACCAUGCUGACCCCCCGCCAACCCAACACCCUUCGCACCCUGCCCUUUGAGGAAUCAGUCCUUCUCCUAACUGAUGCCGCAGUCUACAGCUGUCGCUUCGACUGGGAGACUGACAAAGUCCUGUCUUUCGAGCGCAUCGACCUCCGCUCCAUCUCGCGCAUCCAUUACGGUACAUACAUCACAUCCAUAUUGACAGAUAGCCAAGCCGACGAGGCGACGAACGUCGGUCUCGUCAUAGUCUACCGCGACGGCGACACAAACACCCUCCGUGUGAAUACCCGGUCCCUGCAGAGCGAUGUCGAUCUCAAUACGCUCGAGACUACCACCAGCGCCAACAGUGAAUGGGACCUUGUUUCCUGGCUACGGGGUAGCAAGCGUGCGACGACGCGGUUCGUCGCAUUCAAAGGCCUGCCGCUGUCGAACCCGGCGGCUAGUCCGCGGCUUGGGCCCAGCGCUGGAACUGUUCGAGAGACGGAUCGCAUCCGCUCGGUCUGUUUGGAUAUCGAGCGCGCGAUGCUUGCGGGUCAAGGUCGUGAUGUUGAGGCGGUCUCUGUGGUUGAACAGUCUGAUAUCAUCUCUUUGGCGGAUGCUAAGAAGAGAACUGGGUGGUUGGAAUAUCUGGUUUAUGAUCUGAAGAAGAUGGUUUGGGCGUGA